CAGGGGUGGGGGGUGGUGCUCGGGGUGAGAGGUGCGGCCGCUCACUAUUCACUGUAACAUUUUCAGUUGCUGUCUAGUCGCCUUCGAGAGAGGUUGUGUUAGCAGUUCACCGGGUCUAGCGUGUCGAGUCGAGUCCUACCCAUCCAUCCAGCUGCCUGCAUCUAAUUAUGUCUUGCGGAAUGGUCCAAACUGAUAACUACUUCACUUCUAGUAGUUGGGUGUCUAGGAGCGAAAGUAACGAGUCCUUGUCACGACUUGACCUGAUGAAUCACGAGUAUCCUGCCCAAGUUGCCGAGCCCAUGAUGACUCUUGAAGACCUGCGCUCUCAGUUCAAUUCCUGCUACACUUGCGGAGUUAGUUGGAGCGAUAACCACGUUUCUCUUGACUGCCGGGAGUGUGGGGGUUAUUCCUUAGAGCGACCUUGUCCUCUCUGUGAUGGCAAGUGUCACACGCUCUGGCGAAGGGAUAUUUCAAUGUCACAUAGUGUGGGCAAAGCACAUUGGGAAGGAGAAUGUGGACUGUCUAGCGAAGAGCGACCAGCCGUGCCCUCCUUCCUUGCCGAGGAUGUUUUGGUACAAGGACUUGAGGAUCUCUCCACUUCCUCAUGAGUCCUUGGCCACAGAGGUUCCUCCAAUAGAAUCUCUAUAGGGACGACACUACUAUAACAGCCCGGCAGGUCAGGUACAAUAUUACCUGCUGCAUUACUUGCCUGUAUGUUUAGAUACAUGAUAAUGAUAAUCCUGCCAUCUUGUUUCAGUUUUUUGUCAGUGUAAUUUAUUAAUCAUUGAUCCCUGAUGAUAACUGAAGUGUUUUGUUCUCAAUGUCUGCUGAGUUUUGGUAUAUUCAGUAUGAAGAUUGCAGGAAGUCUCGUCAAGUGGAAAUUGAUCGCUCUAUUAUCGGUUGCAAUAGUAGCUUGUUUUUAAGAGGCGUAAACCAGUUAAUUUUGUCAUGAGGCGUCACUGUCAGAGCUGAUAGGAACAUUAAUUUGAACUACAACACAAAGGAUGUAUUAGUAUUAGGAGAAGAAUAUAGCCUCUGUGUGUGUGUAGUGGACUAUCAUUGUCAUGUUUCUAGGGGUUUCCUGUUCCCAGUCGGUGCAAUGUUGUGUUGCCAGACCUCGCAAAAGUGUCAGGAGAAACUACCAAUGGUGUUGUAUGAGUUGCAGCAAAGCUCAAGUGCGUUAAACAGGUGCAGCGGUGUUAGAAAUAUAUUAUGAGACCAUCUGAAUUAACUCAAAACCACAACAUGGAUUACAAACUUCACACACAAGAUGAAGUAUUUAAAAACUCUUGAAUUUGUGAUAUAUUCUUGUGAUAUUAGCCAGUACAAAAGUUCAAGAAUUUUUUUUUUUAAUGAAGUGAUAUAUAAUAAUGACCAGUCUGUUUGAGGACAGCGGUUGUUGAAGGUGAUGUCUCCCUGUUGAGUGGCUGAGGUUGGAAACGAGGCACUGGUCUUGAGUGCCACAGGAUGUUAAUGCCCUGUUGUAUUUUCAUUUCUUGGUGGUAAGGAUAGUGUCAUGCCCUGUACAGUGAGUUACCUCCUUACUGUGUG